AUGGCCACGGCGGCUUCUAACCCCUACCUGCCGGGGAACAGCCUGCUCGCGGCCGGCUCCAUUGUGCACUCGGAUGCGGCAGGGGCCGGUGGCGGCGGAGGUGGCGGUGGCGGCGGUGGCGGGGGAGGUGCAGGGGGCGGCGGCGGCGGCAUGCAGCCGGGGAGCGCCGCCGUGACCUCGGGCGCCUACCGGGGGGACCCGUCCUCGGUCAAGAUGGUCCAGAGUGACUUCAUGCAGGGGGCCAUGGCCGCCAGCAACGGCGGCCAUAUGCUGAGCCACGCGCACCAGUGGGUCACGGCCCUGCCCCACGCCGCCGCCGCCGCCGCCGCUGCCGCCGCCGCCGCGGUAGAGGCGAGCUCGCCGUGGUCGGGCAGCGCGGUGGGUAUGGCCGGCAGCCCCCAGCAGCCGCCGCAGCCGCCGCCGCCACCACCGCAGGGCCCCGACGUGAAGGGUGGCGCCGGGCGCGAUGACCUGCACGCCGGCACAGCGCUGCACCACCGCGGGCCGCCGCACUUAGGACCCCCACCGCCGCCCCCGCAUCAGGGCCACCCCGGGGGUUGGGGGGCUGCCGCUGCUGCAGCCGCCGCCGCUGCAGCCGCAGCCGCCGCCGCCCACCUCCCGUCCAUGGCCGGGGGACAGCAACCACCACCUCAGAGUCUACUCUACUCGCAGCCCGGGGGCUUCACCGUGAACGGUAUGCUGAGCGCACCCCCAGGGCCCGGAGGAGGCGGCGGCGGCGCAGGUGGCGGCGCCCAGAGCCUAGUGCACCCAGGGCUGGUGCGCGGGGACACACCGGAGCUGGCCGAACACCAUCACCACCACCACCAUCACGCACACCCGCACCCGCCGCACCCGCACCACGCGCAAGGACCCCCGCACCAUGGUGGCGGCGGUGGCGCCGGGCCCGGACUCAACAGCCAUGACCCGCACUCGGACGAGGACACACCAACGUCGGACGACCUGGAGCAAUUCGCCAAGCAGUUUAAGCAGCGGCGCAUCAAGCUGGGCUUCACGCAGGCGGACGUGGGGCUGGCGUUGGGCACGCUGUACGGCAACGUGUUCUCGCAGACCACCAUCUGCCGUUUCGAGGCCCUGCAGCUAAGCUUCAAGAAUAUGUGCAAGCUCAAACCGCUGCUGAACAAGUGGCUGGAGGAGGCGGACUCGAGCACUGGCAGCCCCACCAGCAUCGACAAGAUCGCGGCCCAGGGCCGCAAGCGCAAGAAGCGGACCUCUAUCGAGGUGAGCGUCAAGGGCGCGCUCGAGAGCCACUUCCUCAAGUGCCCCAAGCCCUCGGCGCAGGAGAUCACCAACCUGGCCGACAGCCUGCAACUCGAGAAAGAGGUAGUGCGGGUCUGGUUCUGCAACCGGCGCCAGAAAGAGAAGCGCAUGACACCGCCCGGGAUCCAACAACAGACGCCGGACGACGUCUACUCGCAGGUAGGCACCGUGAGCGCCGACACCCCACCACCGCACCACGGGCUGCAGACGAGCGUGCAGUGA